AUGUCUCUCGAGAGGGUGACCUCCGGGGAGCCGCCUCGCUUCCUGCUUCUCCUCCCACCAACACCCAUUCCUACAUCUGCCUCCGCCUUGAGAGCCGCCUAUGGACCCACCAUCAGCGACUGCCUCAAGGAAGUGGCCACCCAUUCCUCCGAAACAACCAAAGCGGCCGUACUUGAGAUCGCACUGGCAUGCCCGCAUCUUCUCCAAGCCAAGAUCUCGCCGCGCUCUGCCCUCUACGACCAGACACAAGCCAUUGUCGCCGGCGUCUACAAGCUAGUCGUCGUUACAGCUGCCCAGGACGGUGUUAAUGUCGAAGACUCCGAUGGCGUUGAUGUACGUGUGAUACUCGUGGCUUGGUCUCCGGAUGGAGAGCCACAAGCGCCCGCGUCCAUUCCAUAUGGCCCUAUCAUCGACAUUGGUACAUUGGCCCGCUCUGGCCGCCGUUGGCAGUUCGCUUUCGGUGUCGAAUCCGAGACCGGUGAACGCAUGGUUCGGGAUUUUGUGACGGCAAAAGGCAAUGCUCAUGAAGUCAGUCGGGUCCAGAGUGGCUCAGUCAUGAAUGCACAGGGUCAAGCGGCAGCUUCGAAUUCCACUGCACCUACGAGUCUGGCUCACGAACGGCAUUAUGACGUGGCCGUGGGAGGCACUUGGGACCAUCUCCAUAUUGGACACAAGCUACUCAUUACCAUGACGCUCUUUGUGGUGGAUGACCGUGAGGAGCACGGCGAGCGCACAGCCACCAUAGGUAUUACGGGGGAUCAGCUUCUGGUGAAGAAGAAGCAUGCCAACCUGGUUGAGAGCUGGGCGGAUCGCCAGAAGGCAGUUGCCACGUUCUUCAACGCCAUUACCGACUUCUCACAGCCGGCUACGUUUGGUCAGCGACACGUGAGCAUCUCGGAUGAUCCAGGUCCGAAUGGCAAGUCCAUCGACGUGCACUAUCCUCAUGGCCUGAUCGUCAAGUGCACCGAGAUUCAGGAUGCCUUCGGGCCUACCAUCACCGAGGAGCGCAUUUCCGCGCUCGUGAUCAGUGCAGAGACGCGGGCUGGCGGGAAGGCGGUCAACGACAAGCGCCAAGAGCAGGCAUGGAGACAAUUGGAUGUGUUUGAGGUUGACGUGCUGGAUGCGGAAGAGGAAGGGCAGUCGGCAGGCGUGAAGGAGGGGUUUGAGAGCAAGAUCAGCAGCACUGCUAUCCGUGAGAAGUUGGCGCGGCAGGCUGGCGGCAAGAUGUGA